CUGGAUCCCACUUCGUUGAAAUCCGCCUCGUUCCAAUGAUCUGACUUGAUCAUGGCUCAGGCAGUGUCGCAGACGCUCGGCCAGCUGCGGAGUAUCACACCAAUCAUUCCUGACAAGCGAACACCUAGAGCUCCACGACAGCCUGGACAGGAUGAAUGGCCAUCAUUGUUUCAGACAGCUGUCGUAGCCACAGCUUUCAAGAUACUCCUGUUUCCAGCAUACAAGUCAACAGAUUUUGAAGUUCACCGGAAUUGGCUGGCUAUCACCCAAUCAUUGCCCGUCAAGGAGUGGUAUUAUGAAGCUACUUCCGAAUGGACACUGGACUAUCCUCCCGCCUUUGCGGUAUUCGAAUGGAUUCUAUCACAACCUGCUCAGCUGAUUGACUCGGACAUGUUGCAAAUCUCCAACCUGGGGUAUAGCUCCUGGGCAACUGUUGUUUUUCAGAGAAGUUCUGUCAUCAUAACAGAGCUCCUGCUUGUCUAUGCUCUUCAUAGGUAUACUGUAUCUUGCCCACCAUCCACACGGCGACAGAGCCAUGCAGCUGCGUUAUCCAUAUUACUUUCUCCCGGGUUGCUCAUCAUCGAUCACAUACAUUUCCAGUACAAUGGGUUUUUGUAUGGUAUCCUAAUACUGUCUCUGGUGCUGGCCAGGAAAGAGUCUACGAUGCUGUUGAGCGGGGUGUCGUUCGCAAUUCUCCUGUCUCUCAAGCAUAUAUAUCUAUACCUGGCCCCAGCAUACUUUGUUUAUCUACUCCGAGUUUAUUGCUUGCAACCCAAGAAUAUGUUUCGGCCACGAUUUGGAAACAUCAUCAAGCUCGGAGUGUGCAUCGUUGGGGUUUUUGCGUCGGUUUUCGGACCAUUUGCUCUAUGGGCCCAGCUGGAUCAACUCAAAAGUCGUCUGUUUCCAUUUUCCCGUGGACUCUGCCAUGCUUACUGGGCACCGAACGUAUGGGCGAUCUAUUCCUUCGCAGAUAGGGCCUUGAUUGCAAUGGCACCAUAUCUAGGUCUCAAGGUUGAUCCAUCUGCGCUCGCGAGCGUAACCCGAGGGUUGGUGGGCGACACAUCUUUCGCCGUGUUACCCAAUAUCACGGCGCAACAUUGCUUUGGGCUUUCUCUGGCGUUCCAGAUGAUAGCAUUGACCAAGCUAUGGUUCAAGCCAAGUUGGGAGGCAUUUGUUGGAGCCGUCACCCUAUGUGGAUACGCCUCGUUCUUGUUCGGUUGGCAUGUCCAUGAGAAGGCCAUUCUUCUCGUCUUGAUUCCAUUUAGUCUAUUGGCUGUCAGAGACCGCUCUCAUCUGGCUAGUUUCCGGCCAUUGGCGGUGGCAGGGCACGUGUCGCUGUUUCCGCUCUUGUUCACAGCGGCCGAAUUCCCCAUCAAGGUAGCGUACACGGUGGCAUGGCUGAUCAUCUUUCUCUACGCUUUCGACCAACUUGCUCCGGCGCCAGCUCGGAGACGGGUAUUUUUAUUGGACCGAUUCGCCUUACUCUACAUUGUAAUAUCAGUUCCAUUGAUGGUGUAUUGCUCACUAGCUCAUGGGAUCAUCUUUGGCAACAGGUACGAAUUCCUACCGUUGAUGUUCAUCAGCACCUACUCGGCAGUUGGAGUGUUGGGUUCUUGGGUGGGCUUCAUGGUGUGUUACCUAGCUUGAUUCAUUGUCGUGGUGGCUGGAAAAAUGAGCUUGGGGGAUGUCAACAUCCAGAUUGAGGCCCUCGGGCCACAUACAUCUAUAAUACGAAUAACCCACAUGGUAGCCUUGUCAGCAUUAGGCGAGCACUUUGAUCCGCAUGUUAUAGAUUGCAGAAGUGGUGCGGAUGCGGAUGACGACUUUAUUUUAGACUGG